CCAGUCAUCAGUGGGAGCAUCAGACUGGGGCGCCACUGAAGCAGGAGGCUGAGCGAAAAGGGGCGCACUAAGACCCAGGGGCAGUGGAGGACUGCAGCAACAGCUGGAGGAGGAGAAGGAGGCGGUGGGGCUAGGCCAUCUGGUACCUGGGUAGCUUUUGAGAAAGCUUCGGCCUUAAGGACAAAAAUGGCCAGUCAGUCCCAGGGUAUCCAGCAGCUCCUGCAAGCGGAGAAGCGUGCGGCGGAGAAGGUAGCAGACGCCAGAAAGCGGAAGGCCCGGCGUCUGAAGCAGGCCAAGGAGGAGGCACAGAUGGAGGUGGAACAGUAUCGCAGGGAGCGGGAGCAGGAAUUCCAGAGCAAGCAGCAGGCGGCCAUGGGCUCCCAGGGGAACCUGUCGGCUGAGGUGGAGCAGGCGACAAGGCGCCAGGUACAGGGCAUGCAGAGCUCCCAGCAGAGAAACCGAGAGCGCGUCCUGGCCCAGCUUCUCGGCAUGGUCUGCGAUGUCAGGCCUCAGGUCCACCCCAACUACCGCAUUGCUGCCUAAGACUCGUCGCAGGACCGGAAUCAUCCUGCCAGUCCCUUCCCUCAAACAACACCCUCCGAUCAAAAUCACCCCCCACCAUACUUCUCUCCUUUCCAUUCCCUGGAAAUCCCAGGGGGCAGGAGCUCAUCAUUCUCCUGUGAAACUUAAACUAUCCUGCCCACGCCUGAAUCGUUGUUCUUUAACCCCGAGACUUUGUAAACUCCCCAGUCAUCCUCACUGAGGCCCUGGGAAACCUGUAAUGUGAAGACAUAGGGGUGUGGAAAUGCCCUGACUUCAGAGCCUGGCAGGCUUGGGACUCUUUCCUGACUCUGCCAUUUGCUGGCUCUGCAGCCUGGACAAGCUACUUAACCUGGCAGCCUUGAGGUUCUCCUCUGUGACACUGGAGUAAUACUGUUGCCUGCCUCGUGGGGUAGCGGUGAUGAGGAGUCAUUCUGUGUGGAGCCUCGCGUGGUUCCUAGCAUGUCGUCACUGUCAUUCGAUUCAUGGCAAUCCUGUGAGAUCCCCCCCAUCCUGCUCAUCUGCCCAAUCCAAACGCAGAUGUCGUUGUGCUUCUGACGGUGGCUCUCUAGUUCCUCAUGCAUUUUAUAGCCUCGUAGCUCUCUGGAGAAUCAGUUCUCCCCUCGUCUCUUUUCCCAGAGAUGUGAAAAGAGAAAUGCCUUCGUUCAGCCCGUGUUAUGGUUCCAGGCAGAGGCCGCGUCUCUUAGCCUCGCUGCCGUCUCUCUCACGCUGGUCUCUGUCUUUACUGAAUCCCAUUUUCUAUCUUCCCAAAGACGAUCAGAUACUCACUGCUUCCUGCGUGCUGGCUGUGAUGCUGUGUCCCUUCCUACGCAUGGCCUUCCUUUCCAGGCUUGGCACCUUCCUCUCCCCUUGUAACUCUAAAGUCAAUAAAAUAAUUAUGGGCAAAUCA